GACGCACAAUCUGGCAACACUGUCGAGGGUCAGCUGAUAAAGUGCUGUCAGAACUUUCCAAUAAGGUCGAAGGCACCGCGGCAACCGUGGCGUCAUUAUUACGCGCUGUUGGUGGAGAGGAACGUUUUACGUCUUUGACUCAGCAUACGGACUCUCAAAAACCUGACUUGCAAUAUCAAUAAAACACCAUAUCCAGGAUCGAGUGAACUCUGCACGAAGGAACGCGCCAUCGACGACUUUUGAUACCGCUACCUGCGAUUAAACCAAAGGUGACUGCUCCUACGUGGAGAUGAACUACGAUCAUCCUCCACCAUACACAGGCCCGGGUGCCCCUGUUCCGGGUUACCCUCCUGCCAAUGCCCCCGGUUACCCUCCUGCCAAUGCCCCCGGUUACCCUCCUCAAGGUUACCCGCCUCAGGGUUACCCCGCUCAGGGCUUUCCACCCGGUCCUGAGCAAGGACCAUACCCUAAUUACCCUGCUGCACCACCGGGGUCGUACCCCGUCCAGCCUGGCUAUCAGGGAUAUCCGGUACCUCCUCAGCCAGGGUACGGAGGAGCGAUGUACGGGGAGGCUCCCAAAAACACAGUGUACGUGGUGGAACAAGGUCGGCGGGAUGAUUCCGGGGAGCAGGCGUGUCUGACCGCGUGCUGGACGGCCCUGUGCUGCUGCUGUCUCUGGGACAUGUUGACCUAAUCUGUCUGUAGCCAAAACCCUCAUCUGUAAAGACCUUUCCCUCUCUGUAUUUAUGUAUGACUACUGCGAAAACAAUGAUCCAAUGAAAGAAAGAGCGAUGUCUGUUUUUGUUCAGGGAUUUUACAUGUUCCAGUUUGGAUUACUUCUUUUCACGACUUCAAUAAAUUCGACGCUAUGCACUGAGACGUUUCUAGAAAUGCAAUCGUAGCUCUAGACGUAUGUCGGCUGAGCUGUUUUUAUUUUUUAUUGCAUGUAGCCACAAAGCAAACACAUUGCUAGAAUUCUAAUAGAUAUUAAUGGAGAUCUAACGAAGGACGAUGACCGUGGUUGAUGGAAUUGCAUGUUUGUUGUUUUUUUGGUUUAAAGCCAGUGGAGAGGAAAAACCUGUCAGAGGGCAAAUUUCUACUCAGUAAUAUAUAUACGAAAUAAAAGCCACAGUUUUGGAGCUUGAUAGAGUGAUUUAUGGAUAUAAUUUAACCUUUUCUGAUUUAAGUCUUGUUUCCUGUAACGUUGGAAUGUUGAAUGUAUGAUUCGUAAUGUAGAUGUGUGGACCUUCACAAGUGCACACUGGAGGUCUGUAGAGGUGUCUGACCUCACAACGUAAUUAAACACACACUGUCCAACUAA